UCAUUGAGCUGUUCAUAAUCAUGAGUCUUCGUUGAGUAUUUAUUCUUAGUAUACUUUUCUCGGAUUUUUCGGCCCUAAGGAGUUUUUUGCGGUUUUUAGAAAUAUUUAUGGGACAAUCGUCAAAAAACUGAGUUGAUUGCAUGCCAUUCUGUCGAUCCGCUAAGUUUUGGUCUUUUAAACCCGUGUUUUGAAUGUUUAUUUUUGCCUGUUUAAAUUAAUCGUCCCUCCUUAAAUAAUCAAAAUCUUUUCUUCCUUUUUCGUUUUUCAAUCUCUUAUGCGUUAGUUAGUACAACUAUUAUUCUAUUUUUAGUUAUUGACAAUACUAAAAUUGAUCAGUAUUAUUUUAGAUAUUUUUUUACUAUUCUUUGCUCAUCAUUUGUUUCUAUUUAUUCUCAUAUUACAUUUAUUUUUAGUUUAAUAGCAAAAUCCUCUCAACUUUUUUUAAAAUUAUUUCCUUAUUUACUCAAUUUAUUUUUGUACUUUUCUUUAUUUUUGAUCUGGCAUAUUUUGAAAAGGGCGAAUUUAACCGCCUGAUCCCCCCCACAAUAUAACAUGAUAAAAAACAGAUGAGAACACUUUCCUGCAACAGAAGUUGUAAAUAAAAUCAUUUUUAAAGUGUUGAUUGAAUAUUGGUAUUUCUUUGUUAUAAAAAAGUGAUAGAAAAUUGAUCAAAAGAAAAGAAGCAUUUGGUCCAAAAAUAUUUAAAAGAAUAUUUUAUUUGUUUUUGAUUAACACUUUUUAAUGGGAUAAAAAUUGUCCUUUUAGAUUUUACCGCCUAUUCACAAUUAAUUUAUUGCCUUUCAGUUAUCGGCUUUUAAUUGAUAUUAAAGUUUUUAGUAAUCCAAUUAAAAAUAUUUGUGUAAAGAAUUUAUUUUCAUGUUUGUUGUCAAAAAUAUCCUGAUUAAUCUAUUACAAUUAAAAUCAUUUUAUAAUUCUUUAAAAUUAAUCUUUUAAAAAGCCAUUAUUUUAGAAACUCUUAACAUUUCUCCAAAUUUUAUUUAUUUCAAUAGAAAAAUUCUAAAAAUGCUUGAAUUUGACCCUAAUCACGAAAAAUGGCAAUGUUGUUGCUGUAGAGUAACGGCUGGUCUACAAAUUAUGGGUAUAGUUGAGGCGAUUAGUGCCUCUGCUGUAAUACCAUUUGCUUUGAAUCAAAUGAAUGAAAAUGCUCAAUCCGGAAAUAAUGGAAAUUUUGUUGUUUUUUAUGCUUCUCUUGCUUUCGUUACAUUUUUAAUUGUAAUUACUUCUCUUUUAAUGAUUAUUGGUGUACGGAAACGUAAAGAAAAACUCCUUUAUCCAACAAUAAUUGCCCGUGUACUUCUUGUAAUUUUUGUAACGGUAUUUGGCGUUAGUAUAGGAGUUGUCCGUCAUGAAAAUGCUAGCGAUUUAGACGAUAUUAAAAGUUCAUCAAAACGUGGAAAGAAUAGAAUUUCUGGCAGAAAAAUUGCGAGUCAAGAAGAAGCAUCAACUACAUUAAGAUUGGUUUUUUUAAUGGUUUUGAUGAUGUUUGUAAGUAUGGUAGUUUUCUAUACAAUUUUUCUAGUUGUGAGAGGUGUUAAUUUUCUUAAAAAUUACAAUCGUCUUAAAAGACGAAGAAGCUCAUUUACGGCAAUUGCAUAUUUGGGUAAGUAUAAAAAAGUAUCAGAAUAA